GGCUGAGCCGACGAGUUUCAUUUAGUCCGAACUCCGAAUCGUUCAGCCUAUUAUUAUCAUGAGCACGUUUGAAGCAAAAGUAAUUUAUCGUAAUUAAUUCCUAUCAAUGACCUUGAGAAGAAAAUGCCACCAGCAGACUACAAUUCGUCACAUCAUCGUCACAUCAUCUGCUUGAGAUGAUAUUAACACGUGCGUCAUCCAUCCAUUUUUGUCAAACGUAUCGUGAAUCAAGUUUAAGAUUACGUUUUGAGGCAAUUUGUUUCAGAAUUAAAUAGCUACCACUGACGCUCGCAGUCAUAAAAUGAAAAGCAAUGCUUUCUAACGAUUUCAAGGUUAUGAAAUGUAACAGGAGUCAAGCAACUUCACGUUAUAAUUGACUAGAAUCGAAAGGACAAUUGCGCAACCAAAUGACAAUUUGCUGAUUGCAGGCUACGAAAACGGAAAAUCCAACAGAUGAAAAACAGAAACCAGACAUUCAAAUCGACGUUCACUGAGAACUUUCUGACGCCCGCAAGUAUCUAAAAACAUCCAUCAGAAACUAGAACAAGGUGAAUCGACAAAUCCUUUAUAAAGGCUGGCUUUUUCCAAAUGGACAUUCACAGUCAAACCAAAGUUCUAAUCGAAAAGUAAGAUGAAAUUCCAUUGCUUGCCUUUGAUAGUUGCCAUUUUGUGCAUCUCAGUCACCCAUUCUGCACCGUGGCCCAGGGAAGACUCCAGUCUCUUGAAACAACAAGGAGCUGAUGGAAUUAAAAAUGGCGAGUCCGUGAAACGUGCUGCCAAUAACCGCAGAUCAAUGACUGGUGUUCCUUUCUUCGAAGUCCACGAUCUGACCGGAGUUAAACACGAACACAUCCCUCAUGAUGUCAUGCCGUUCGAAGUCGUAAACAUAGACGGCCACACCCACGACACUCUUCCGGCUGAUAUCAUCCCCGUUGAAAUUAUUCAGCAAAAUUCACCCGAAGUCUUUGAAGUUCACGAUCUGACCGGAGUUAAACACGAAGACAUCCCUGAUGAUGUCAUGCCGUUCGAAGUCGUUAACAUCGACGGUCACACCCACGAAACUCUUCCGGAUGGUAUCAUCCCCGUUGAAAUUAUCCAGCAAAAUUCGCCCGAAGUCUUUGAAGUUCACGAUCUGACCGGAGUUGAGCACGAUGAUAUCCCUGAUGACGUCGUCCCUUUUGAAGUCGUUAACAUCGACGGCCACACCCAUGAAACUCUUCCGGCUGACAUCAUCCCUGUUGAAGUUGUUCAACCAAAUUCAGCCGAAGUCUUCGAAGUUCACAACUUGGACGGAGUUGACCACGACGAUAUCCCCGAUGAUCUCACCGUGUUUGAGGUUGUCGAUAUCUCCGAACACACCCACGAGACCCUGCCGAAGGAUGUCUUACCUGUCCACAUCACUCCCAUUGGCCCAGUUUCUGCUGGAGCCAGUGCUGUCAGCACAGAUGGAUCUGCCGUUUUCGCUUCCGCCUCCGCUUCAUCGUCUGGAAUUCCGGCCGGAGUUACUCGCACCUCAUCUGGCAUGUCCCGUAUUAAAGUUGUUCCAUCUUACGUCAACCGGAUGAAGUUCCCUACCAAGUCUGCCGUACCUCAUGUCGCUCCUGCAGUUGCCAGUGCCAGGCCUUAUGCGAGGCCUUAUGCUGCUACUAAAGUGAAAUGUCGCCAACCGGAUCUUUUCCCCUUCAGAGGACCUGCCACAGGCAUGUUCAAAUUCUUCUCAGAUAUCGUACGAGAGGAACUGUCUGAUUGCACCGCUGGAGGACAAAUGCAUUAAAAAAAGAAAUUGCCAAUUAUUUAUUUAUUAGAAAACCACUACUUGCUGCUGUACGCAAUACUAUUUAUUUGAAUGAAAUAAGCCAGUAAAUUUGUCACAAUCAA